UCCACCAAUCAAUGGUGAGCAGCGGACGGACCCUCGACGUACAAGAACGCAACCCGUGGGCUUCUGCUGUCUCUCUUCUCACCGCUUGUUCAGUAGAGUCAGCAUGAUGUUUCUCCUUGUGUUUUCUUUAUUGACUGUGUGUGUGACCGCAGACGAUAAAGAGAGCGGCUCCUUCAUCAGACUGAAUGAUGUUCCUGCGGCCGAAGCCUUCAUCGAUUCAGUAGAUGUUGCUGUAAUCGGCUUCUUUGAGAGUGAAGCUGCUCGCGGAUAUAAAGAGUUUCUGGCCGCUGCUAAACAGAUCGACAAACUUCCUGUUGCUCUGUGCAGUGAGAAGGAAGUUUGGGCCAAAUACGACAUCGCCUCUGACACCAUCUCCGUCUUCAGGAAGGCUGAUCUUCAUCAGGAACACCUGAAGCUCUCAGAGGCCAGGAAAAUCGAGACCGAUGGACUCACACGCUUCUUGACCAUCAAUAACAUUCAAUACGUCACAGAAUAUAAUCAAGCGAGCGCAGUGGGUCUGUUCCAGUCUGCGGUGAAGACGCAUUUGCUGCUGAUAACCAAAAGGGGGAGCUCAGAUUCGGACCCGCUGCAGCAGCUCUUCAGAGAUCUCGCGCCAAAAUAUGCUGGCAAGAUGUUGUUUGUGCUGGUAAACGGGAAAGAGAAGUCGAACGCCCGCGUGCUGGAAUACUUCGGCCUGAAGUCCAGUGACCUGCCGCGGAUCAGCAUUUACGACAGCGACUCGGACAAGAAGUGGCUCAUGCCGGCGGGUAAAAUCACUACCGAGCGCGUGCAGAACUUCUGUGACUCUUUCCUGGAUGGAGAACUGCAGAAGCAGAAAGAGGAUGAAACACCUGAAGACAAGACUGAACUAUAACACCACCCUUUUCCUCAGUAAAAAUACUGAACAAAAUA